UACAAUUUUCCUGCUCAGCGGGAAGGCAAAAAGCCCCCGUCGUCGGUUCCCCCUCUCGGAAGCCAUUUUUCGCCUCCCUACAGUACUGAAUCCCCGCCCAACCAAACCCACCCUGCGUACGAUCUCUUCCCUGCACCUUCGAUUUCAUCGAGAAUGUCCCUACUCGAAUAGCCGCAUAAAGGAGCGGCAAGCACCUCUUCGUCCGCUCCAUGGGGAAGCGGCGGCCCGUGAUCGUGCUCUCCUCCUCCUCCUCCUCCUCCUCGGAGAAUGAGGACGGCCAACGUGACUCAGCCGGCGGAGGUCGCCGAGCCUCGAGGUCGAGACUUGGAAAGCUUCCCGUUUCGAGGAAGAAGGUCUGCCGGGGGAGGGCGAAGAAGGAUCGCUUUUCCGGCGAAGCAACGUUGAAGGUGAAGGCUGAAUUUGAUAUGCUUUCUGAAAAUUUUUCUGAAUGCCUUCAUGACUUUAGCUUGACGCAAGGAUUUUUGUGUAAUGCAAAAGAGCUAUGGGUUGAUAAACAUAAGCCUACUUCCUUGGCCGAACUUGCUGUUCACAAGAAGAAGGUUGAAGAAGUCAGACGAUGGUUGGAAGAACGGGUGAAGAUAUCAAAGCAAGGAUCUAGGAACUGCACUCUUCUUCUCACUGGGCAAGCUGGAGUUGGAAAGUCUGCAACUAUUCGUACACUUGCCUCAGAACUUGAUGCUGUGCUGUAUGAAUGGAAAGCUCCUAUUCCCACGCUUUGGCAGGAGCAUUUACAUAAUAAUGUAAAUUCAGGACUACGAUAUGUCUCCAAAUUGGAAGAAUUUGAGAACUUUGUCGAAAGCAUAAGGAAAUUUCCAUUGCUUCCUGCAACAAGAAUGGCAGAUUCAGGAAAGCCUAUUAUACUGUUAAUUGACGACAUACCUUUCACGAAUGGACGGGUUGGUUUUGCAAGAUUAAACAGGUGCUUAACAGACUUUACUUGCUGGACUCAAGUUCCAACUGUUAUCCUGAUUACUCACUACUGCAAACCCAAGUCUAUUGAUGACAUGAAAUAUGAAGAACUUGAAUUAUCUCUUGAAAGAGCUGGCGCUCAUAAGGUGGCUUUCAAGCCGAUCACUGCAAAUUCUAUCAAGAGAACUCUUCUUAGAGUUUGCAAAGAAGAGAAAUGUGAUGUGACUACUGAGUCAAUUGAUCUUAUAGCAAAAGCCAGUGGAGGUGACAUCAGAAAUGCAAUAGCAUCAUUGCAGUACUAUUGUCUUAAGCCAGAGAACUUAGUUUCUGCAGUGAGACUAGGAUCCACACACUCAGAAUCAAAUUCUUGUGAUCCUUGUUCAUUGUUGGAUGCAAGGCAGGAAGAUAACAGUCUCAAUUGUACAAUCUCUCUUCCAUUUGGAAGGGAUGAAACACUUUCAUUAUUUCAUGCCCUGGGAAAGUUUCUUCACAACAAGAGGGAGACAUGCAAGAGUGCUGAAGUUGAAUCAGAUUUGUUCAUUCUGCAAGAAAGACUUAGAAGAAAUCAGCUGAAAAUGGAUUCUCCAGAAAAAGUUCUUUCUCAGGUGGAUGGGCAAACACAGACUGUUAUCGAUUUUCUCUUUGAAAAUGUUCUUGAUUUCAUAAAUGAUGAAGCUGUUGAUGAUGCGGGACUUGUGGCUUCCUAUUUAAGUGAUGCAGAUUGCCUUCUUUGUGGUGGUGUACAACCAUCAUUGCAUAGGGUGACAGGUGAGAGGCAUAAAACAGAAAGUUUAACGCAAUCAAUUGCUGUUUCAGUUGCUGCACGUGGAGUACUCUUUGGAAAUUCACAGCCUUCUUCAAGGUGGCAUCCUAUCCGUAGUCCAAGAAUUUGGCAAAUUGAACAAUCUUUACGAUAUAGUGAGCAAGUUUCCUUCGUUAUAAAGGGCACAGGGACGGAAGAUGAGAAUAGGUAUGCAGAGAAAGACAACGGAGGGGUGAUGAAAAUUGGAAGAACAUUGUUUGGACUUAACAUUCUGCGGUGGAGAGGGGUGACCAGCUCUCCGUUUGGUGCCCGUUUAGAUGCAUGAACAUGUUCCUUGGCAUAUCUCUUUUGUUUCGCGGAGGGGUGUGUGGUAACCAGUCUAUCAUGAUGUCUACAACUUCACAGCUUAUGCAGUUCCCAUGUCAUUCUUUUUGGAAUAUUGUAAAUCAUCUUUGUUGGUGAAAUACAUUCCUGAAAAUCAUUAUCAUGAGGACCUUUCAAUAGAUUGUUUGAUAUUUUAAUGUCAAAAGAAAAUCUCCAGACGGUCGGAGUCAUCAAUAAAUAACUUGUUCCGACAUCCAGAAAGGCCUUUUAUAUGUAUUGGUAUAUAAUUUUGCGAAGUAGUGAGAAUUUGGUUCAGUUCUCACUAUUGGAGUGUCAGUUGUCCCACGAGAAAAUGUCUAUUUUCCUUUCUCACCUUGUUAACUUAUCUUGAAAUUGCUAUAUCAUAUCUGAAAUGAGAUUUUUCCCUUUAUUUUUCUUUUUCUUCUUUUUCUUCAUUAACUUCAAUGAGUACAUCUAAUUUUAGAUUAUUCUUUAGCAACCUCAUGAUGCUGACUGUUGAGGAAAUAUGGCCAGGAUAAUGAUUAACCAAGCAUCCAUCAGUUUUUUUUUUCAUUCUGCAACUAGGCCUAAUUAUUGUCUCUCUUAGUUAGCCUUUAUGGAACUUUUGAUGUUGUCUUUAUACGACU